AUUAGCCAUUCCAUUUUCAUAUACUCUUCUUGCCUAGUGCUUGUGUUCAUCAAUUUUUUCUCACACUUAGAGAACUAAUUAAUUCACCCUUUGGUGUGAACAUGUGGUAUGUACCUAGAGAUUUGGUAUUUUCACUUGCAAUACUUCUGCUGUUGUUGGUAACAUCAUGCUCAUGUUCUUUUCUAAAGACUAAAAAUAAGAUAAAAUCAACUGCAUAUUUGUCCCCUAAGUUUGAGCUAGAACCUGGAUUAGUUAUCGAUAAAUAUUAUUAUGAUAUUGAUUUCCCAAAAGGUCAUAUAGCAAUCAAAAGUUUCAGUGUUGAUAUAGUUGAUGAAGCGGAUAAUCCUGUACCUCUCCAUGAAACUUAUCUCCAUCAUUGGGAUGUUAACAGAUAUUAUCAAAGUAAGCAUGCCACACAAACAAGACAUGAUGGUCAAAUGAUGCCUGAAAAUUCUGAUAAUAUUAUGGUGAGGAACAGUGGUACAUGCCAAGGAAAUAAGAAUGGACAAUACUUUGGCCUUGGAACUGAAACACGAGGAACAAUAAUGGAUAUUCCGAAUCCUUUCGGAAUAGAAAUAGGUAAUCCUGAAGAGGUUCCAGAAGGAUUUGAGGAGAUAUGGAUGGUUAAUAUUCGUGCCAUUGACAUGCGCGGCGUGGAGGAUAAGUUAGGGUGCACUGAGUGCAGGUGUGAUCUUUAUAAUGUUACAGUGAAUGAAGAUAGGAGCGCUAUAAGGCCAAAUUAUAAAGGAGGCUUGUUAUGUUGUUUUGAGGGUACACAUUGCAAGUUGAAGGAAGGUUUUGAGGGACCAAAGAGAAGCCUCUACCUAAAAUAUAUAGUCAAUUGGGUUGAUUGGGAUGAUUUUAUAGUGCCUGUUAAGAUAUAUCUAAUUGAUGUUACUGACACUUUGCAACUAUUUGAUGAUUCGAAAGGAUUGGACUUAGACCAUGAUUGUCGGGUUGAGUAUCAAGUUGAAUCUUGCAGCACAGAUCAAAAGGAGGGAAACAGUUGUGUUCAUGUGAAGAGGACAAGUCUCCCAAUGCAAAAUGGUGGCUAUGUGAUCUAUGGUGUUGCUCAUCAACAUUCAGGAGGAAUUGGAUCCACCCUAUAUGGACAUGAUGGGAGAGUUAUAUGUUCUUCAAUACCAAUUUAUGGAAAUGGAAAUGAAGCAGGAAAUGAGGCAGGAUACGUUGUAGGAAUGUCCACUUGUUAUCCUCAGCCAGGUUCUGUCAAAAUAAAUGACGGUGAAACUUUAACUCUAGAAUCUAACUACAACAACACCAAGGAGCACACCGGAGUAAUGGGGCAUUUCUACAUAUUGGUGGCAGAACAACUCCCAUAUCAACACUUUAGACAUUCAACUCGUUCUUCAUUUCUUAUGGAUGUAACCAAUUUACUUGUAGAUAAUUAGUUACAUGCUAUGAAAUACGGACACUCUUCAGAUUAGACAUAUCUUUAUGUCGGACAUUAAAUACUUUUUUAAUCUAUUAUCAAUGUUGGCAUAUCAAUGUUCGUGUCGUAUGCCAUGUCUAGGUUUGUUUUUGUGCUUCAUAAGUUAUGUAUGAUAGUAUGAGUGAAGUGUCAUCUAUGAUAUUAAAGUAAUAUAUGAUUGGUCAAAGAAGGAUAAAGACUAAUACAGGACUCUUUGUAUUCCUUGUAUAAUAUGGUUAUGUUAUGUGAUAUGUUUGUCUGUUUCAUUGUAAUUGUAAUGUAAAAGGAUUUCCAUUUAGUAUGAAAUAUCUUUGAUUUUAUUAGAA